ACAGAAAUAUACUUUAAAUCGCCUCUAUCUCGCUUCAUCGACUGACCCUCACUGUUUCCAUGGUAACUGAGUUAUUUCUGUCCUUUUAUUGUACCCUGUGGACUUAAUGGCAACUACACGCCAAUAAUUCACCGUCGCUAAGCUAUAAACAAACGCUCUUGCGUUCAGAAAACGGUGAAGCGUUUAGAAUGGAUUAAUUCUUGGUGUUCGGCCGCCCUUGGUACCGUUUCCCUCAGGCGUUAUUAUGCAACGGCUAUAAUCCUUAUUAGGAUUAUACGCUCAACACAGCCUUGACAACUGAAACGUGAAAACGGGUAUUAUGUCUCAGUUGACUGAAAAAUCAAAAUUGCGGCUUUUUGAACCUUUAUUUAUGAAGAUGGGAUGCUUGUGAACUGUGGUUUGGUCACGUGGCUGAAGGACGCUGCUGUGUUGAAUAGUGGCGGCUGACAGCAGCGAGUCUCCUGCUUUACUCUGAUACCAAAAUAGGAGCUCGACAUUCUCUGGUCUAGUGGCUGACGCUAAAUACAGGGGCCACAUGUCUGAUCUGUGCGAGCACAAGGCACACUGUUGGGGAUAAAACUUCUCCAACGAAGAAAGGACGAGUGUCAAUCAUUAUACGGGUCAGUUGCAAUGUCAGGAAAAGCUCAAAGCGGUUACUCCUACGAGUUCUGCGAUGCCUCUCACUCCUCCGAGGUGCUGGAAGCUCUUCAUGAGUUUCACAGCAGCGGUCUGUUCACGGACGUCACCCUGCAGUCUUCAUCCGGGCAGCUCUUCCACUGCCACAAGGCUGUCCUAUCAGCCCGCAGCUCCUAUUUCAAGGUAAUGUUCACCUUAGACAUGAGAGAACGUUUGAACGACACCAUCAACCUGCCUUGCAUAAACGGAGACAUUCUGGGAGCUUUGGUGAGCUACGUCUACACUUCAAAGAUCAGCAUAACCCAGAACAACGUCCAAAGUCUUCUGGAAGCCACAGACUUGUUGCAGUUCAACUCGCUCAAGAAAGCCUGCGAGAACUUCUUGAUUCGUCUGCUGGAUGUUGAUAACUGCCUCGGGAUGCACUCGUUCGCCGAGCUUCACGUGUGCUCUGAUUUGCAGCACGAGGCUUUGAGGAUCAUACUGAGUCGCUUUGAAGAACUCACACUUCAGGAGGAGUUCCUAGAGGUGGAUUUCCAAAAGCUCUUGAUGAUAUUAGCUAGAGAAAACCUCAACGCGUGGAAAGAAGCCACUUUAUUGGAUGCGGUGGUCAAAUGGGUCGCCCAUGACACGGCUCCUCGGAUAGACCACCUUCAAGAGCUUCUCAACUGCAUCCAUCUCGACGUGGAUGACGCUUACCUCAAAACUGCUUUGGAUCUCCGCAGACAUUGCUCUGAAAACAAACUGCGAUCUUCAAUUCUCACCUCCUUAAAGCCGAGCAAAGGUUUCUCACAGUGCUGCAAAAAACUAACGUGCAGCUUGUAUGUAAUUGGUGGAUAUUACUGGCAUCCAUUGUGUGAAGUCCACAUGUGGGACCCUGUUUCCAACGCGUGGGUUCAGGGCAAAGACAUGCCUGAUUUUGAAAGAGAGAGUUAUAGCGUGGCACUUCUAGGCCCUGAUAUCUACGUGACUGGAGGAUACAGGACACAGACUGUGGAUGCUUUGGACACCGUGUGGAUUUAUAACACAGACUCAGAUGAAUGGACAGAAGGUUGUCCCAUGAUCACAGCCAGAUAUUACCACUGCUCCGUGGCUUUACGUGGAUGCAUAUACGUUAUUGGUGGAUAUACGGCAGGAGCUCCUACGCAAGAAACUGAAUUCUAUGAUCCUUUGAAGAAGAGAUGGUUACCUGUGGCUGAUAUGAUACAAGGUGUGGGAAAUGCAACCGCUUGUGUAGUGAAUGACAGAGUCUAUGUAACCGGAGGGCAUUAUGGGUACAGAGGAACCUGCACUUACGAGAAGAUUCAGACUUACCGGCCAGAUAUCAAUGAGUGGAGCAUCAUGACGAUAUGUCCACAUCCUGAGUACGGCCUUUGCUCGGUCUCCUUGAACAAUAAGCUUUUUCUGGUCGGCGGUCAGACCACCAUCACAGACUGUUACGAUCCCGAUAGAGAUGAGUGGAGACAGAUGUGUGCGAUGAAGGAGAGAAGGAUGGAGUGUGGAUCCGCUGUUAUAAACGGAUGCAUCUAUGUAGCAGGUGGGUAUUCAUACUCUAAAGGGACGUAUCUACAGAGUAUAGAGCGGUACGACCCUGAGAUCAACUGCUGGGAGAUUGUGGGAAACCUCCCAUCGGCUGCACGCUCACACGGCUGCGUUUGUGUGUUCAGCGUGUGAAAUCACAGCACAAUCACUGUCUGUGGAGCCACUUCCAGUGGGGUCUAACAGUCUGAGACCACUUUUAUCUAUUUAAAAAUGGAAAUGAAGUGUUAGAGCAAAUGUUUUAAAGUGAAUAGGUAAUACUUCACAUUCGGCACUAAUUCAGGAUUCCUACAUAUUUUCCAUUUAAAAAUUCCAUACUUUUCCGGUAUGGAUUUCUGUGGAUUUUUUUUUUUUCAUGUUUUUCCAGACCAUAAUUAACAUCUGAUAAAUGAAUUUAAAAUCCAGCCGUUAACAUGUAGCCAUGUACACAUUUUAUUAAAACAAAAAAACUCUAAAAUACAGGAUUAUUUUAACACACUUUCACACUGACUGCAAACCUGUGGAAUAUUUCAUAUUCGUAUUACAAGUUAAAAUAAACACAAAAUAGUAAUAAUGUCACUGAUUACUUUAAAAAAAAAAAAAAAAAAGUGACCCUGGAGCACAAAACCAGUCUUAAGUCGCUGGGGUAUAUUUGUAGCAAUAGCCAAAAAUACAUUGCAUGGGUCAAAAUUAUUGAUUUUUCUUUUAUGCCAAAAAUCAUUAGGACAUUAAGUAAAGAUCAUGUUCCAUGAAGAUAUUUUGUAAAUUUCUUACUGUAAAUAUAUCAAAACUUAAUUUUUUAUUAGUAAUAUGCAUUGCUAAGAACUUCAUCUGGACAACUUUAAAGGUGAUUUUCUUAAUAUUUAGAUUUUUUUGCACCCUCAGAUUCCAGAUUUUCAAAUAGUUGUAUCUCAGACAAAUAUUGUCCGAUCCUAACAAACCAUACAUCAAUGGAAAGCUUAUUCAUUCAGCUUUCAGAUACUGUAUAAAUCUAAAAAAAAAUUACACUUAAGACUGGUUUUGUGGUCCAGGGUCACAUAUUGUCUUUCAAAUAUUAUUGUCAGUGAUUACAUAAGAAAUGUAUGAGAAAAUAUUAUUUUCACAUCCUCACCCAUAAUGUAUUCAUCCACAUAACAUUAUUUUAGGUUACUUUCAGCAUUAUCUGCAAAUACUUACAAAGUGAAAAAUCCAUUGUCACAUUUACUAAUCUUAUGGCUGCACAGACUGCUGCUCCAGAUUUAUUUUUGGAAAUGAUCAAUUUUAUAUUUUAGUAAACAUUUUUCCAUACUUAUCCAGACCUGGAAAUGACUAAAAAUCAAAUUCCAUACUGCGUAAGAACCCUGCAAAUUUGUUACAUGAAUCAUAUGACUCUUUGUAUAGAUGGUCAGAUGUUCAUCCACUGAAGCUCAAGAUGCUCCAUCUCAAAUCAUGCUGGAGAACAUGGGCAUCAGGUUUUGUUCAUAUCAAAAGGGAGACAAACCGAUAACAAUUCUUCACUUGAAUUGUUAUCCUGAAAAAUCUCAGACUUUUGGGCCCCGCUAUAUAAUUCUAAACUGGUGAGUGUGAUGUUUUAUUUGUUCAACACGUGAAGUCACUGAUAAUGUGUGAGACACAGUUUGUAUGUUAUCUGUGCUGGAAGAUAAAGGUCUGUUUCUAAAUAUAUACUGAACAACACUUCACUAUUUGCACAGUACCUUUUUGUAGACUGCAAUAUUUUGCAGCAAAAAAAAAAAAAAAGAAUCUGUGUUUUAAAUCAAGAAAUCUAUUUAUUCCUUAGUAUUGUUUAUAUUUAUUUGGAUGAUUUUGUAUUUGUAAAACAGUUGUGAACCCAGGAUUUUACUAUAAAUAUAUGUGAUGUGUAAUUUAUUGUUU